UUUCAAUCCCCUCCAUAUCAUGUGAUUCAGGUGCUCCAAUCCCCUCCCAAUCAUGUGAUUCAGGUGUUCCAAUCCCCUCCAUGGACACAGGUGUAUACAAUCAAGCCCCUAGGCAUGCAGACUGCUUCUACAAACAUUGGUGAAAGAAUGGGUCGCUCUCAGGAGCUCAGUGACUCCAAGCGUGGUCCCGUGAUAGGUGGCCACCUGGGCAAUAAGUCCAUCCGUGACAUUUCCUGGCUACUAAAUAUUCCACGCUCAACUGUUAGUGGGAUUAUAAGAAAGUGGAAGCAUCUGGGAACAACAGCAAUUCAGCCACCAAGUGGUAGGCCACGUCACAUGACAGGGCGGGGUCAGCGCAUGCUGAAGCGCACAGUGCGCAGAAGUCGCCAACUGUCUGCAGAGUCAAUAGCUAAAGACCUCCAAACUUGGUGUGGCCUUCAGAUGAGCCCAACAACAGUGCGUAGAGAGCUUCAUGGAAUGGGUUUCCAUGGCCGAGCAGCUGCAUCCAAGCCUUCCAUCACCAAGUGCAAUGCAAAGCGUCGGAUGUCGUGGUGUAAAGCACGCCGCCACUGGACUCUAGAGCAGUGGAGACGUUCUAAGAGUGACCAAUCACGCUUCUCUGUCUGGCAAUCCAAUGGAUAUGUCUGGGUUUAGUGGUGGCCAGGAGAACGGUACUUGCCUGACUGCAUUGUGCCAAGUGUAAAGU